AUGGCCGAACAUCACCUGACCUGUGUGUCCAGGAAGGGUCCCCGCCACCCGUUUAUACCUGGAAAGUCAAGAUGUCAAGAACAACCUCGUGCUUUCCCCCCCAGAACCACUGACCAGGGAGGCAUCCUGUCUCUAUUCAACAUCUCCAAAGAGACAUCAGGAUUCUUCAUCUGCACCUCAACAAACAAGAUCGGCUCUGCUUCCUGCAACCUCACCCUCGCAGUAAUGCCGCCUUCCAUGAACAUUGUCACUGCAGGAAUCAUUGGUGGAGACGCUGCGUUGAUCGUGCUCAUCAUCGUCAUCUACUGCUGCUGCUGCCGGAAGAAGAAAAAGGAUGAGGAAUACGACAUGGGAGUUCGUGAGGAGGAGGAGGAGAGGGAAACUGUCAAAGAGCCAGUUAGAAAUGGUUUGCUGGAGGACACCCGGGGCUCUGACUCCAGUGCGAGGAACCCUGUUGAACUAAGUGAACGCGACUACAAGAACAGCAAGGAGCUUGACGACCGCCGCAGCGACUAUGACGACCGCCGCAGAGAUGACGACCGCCGCAGCGAUUACGACGACCGCCGCAGAGAUGACGACCGCCGCAGCGACUACGACGAUCGGCGCAGCGACUACACCGACCGCCGCGAAAGGUACAGUGAUCGCAAUGAGCGCUAUGACGACGACCGCCGCUACGAUGACCGCAGAGACCGACGUAGUAAUGACGACGACCGCUAUGAUGAUCGCAAUCGUGACAGACCAGCUGUGCCAGCCAAUAAGCCACCGAGGAGGGACUUCCAUGACUAAGUCUCCAACCCUUAUCGGCCAUCGUCUCCAUCUUCUGUCUUCUCUAAUGACUUUACUCCAAUGGCAAUGACAUCACACUCAAGGUGUGGCCUGGUUGGCAACAACAUUUUGCCUCCAUAUUGCUCUUGUUUUAACAUAAUUGGCUCAAAUGCCACAAAUGUACUAGAUUUUAAGGGGAAGCAUAAUCUGUCAUUUUACGGUAGAGAGGUUGAACAAUUUUGAGUUGUUUGUGUAAAGAUUAGUUUUAGAGAGCUGUGUAACACAGAAGUUAGGUGAUAUUUUAGCUUUAAACUCACAAUGUUGGCAUUGCUACAUAAGAAUACAAGGCCUUGUCUGUUUUGAUUUGAGUUGUAUUCUGCUGUUGGCUGUAACCAGUGGUAGUUAGGAAGCUACCGCCACACU